AUGGUUCUCGGCAAAGUCGCACAUUACGCCUUCGAUGCGGUAUUAAUAUCCGCCUUCCUUGCCGGCGUCCGACGCUCAACUGGCCUCACUCCCAGUGUAAAGCCAGAUACAUUCGGCGAGAACCCCAGCGCCCAGAAGUGGUUUGAAAGCUACCUCUGGGUUGGCGAGACAGUCAUGGACUCGAGUGUAGCAUUUUUCGGCUCCAGCUCCUACUUCGAGCGCAAGCGAUAG